CAAGGAACAGCAUAUCUUCAUGUCGUAGAGAGAGAUACAGAUUAGAAUAACACCGCCACAUAGUAUAUUUAGAAGAACCAGAACUCGCUCUAGUUCUCCAACUUCUUCAGAGGCGUCACUAGAACACAGCAGCAGCUUUUAAAAACAGAAAUUUUAAUAGAAUCGUGGGUUUUAGAAGUGAUUUGGGCGUUUUAUAUCUGUGAAACCUUGAGGGUGGUUUUGAGGCUGUUGUUUUGAUAUAAGAUGGCUAGAAAUGAGGAGAAAGCGCAGUCUAUGCUGAACAGAUUCAUUACAUUAAAGAACGAAGAGAAGAAGAAACCUAAAGAACGCCGUCCUUUUCUUGCUUCUGAGUGUCGUGAUCUUGCAGAGGCUGAUAAAUGGAGACAGCAAAUAAUGAGGGAGAUAGGUAGGAAAGUUGCUGAUAUCCAAAACGAGGGUUUGGGUGAGCACCUGCUUCGUGACCUCAAUGAUGAAAUUAACAAACUGAUUAGAGAGAAAGUACACUGGGAGCGUCGGAUUCUAGAGCUAGGUGGUGCAAACUAUACUAAGCACUCUGCUCAGAUGACAGAUUUGGAUGGUAAUAUCAUUGAUGUACCAAAUCCUAGUGGCAGAGGUCCCGGAUAUCGAUACUUUGGUGCAGCCAAGAAAUUGCCUGGGGUGAAAGAGCUAUUUGAGAAGCCACCUGAACUGAGAAAGAGGAGGUCUCGGUAUGAGAUUUUUAAAAGGAUAGACGCAAGUUAUUAUGGGUAUAGAGAUGAUGAGGAUGGGAUACUCGUAAAACUUGAGGGCCCUGCAGAAUCUGAGAUGCGAGCCGCAGCUUUGAAGGAAUGGCAAAGAAUGGAAGAGAUCAAGAAGGAGGCAAGGAGGGCAGUGAAGAGUGGGGAAGUUGCGAAUGUGACAGAAAUUCUGUUUGAAGAAGAAGAGGAUGUUGUUGAAGAGGAGAGGAUAGCCAAAGAAAAGGAGACCAAGAAAGAGGAGUUUGUUGUACAUGUGCCGCUUCCUGAUGAGAAGGAGAUCGAAAGGAUGGUUGUUGAGAAGAAGAAAAAGGAGCUGAUGGAUAAAUACAUGAGCGGCGACCUCUUGGAAGAGCAGACCGAAGCCAAAACGAUGCUUAAUAUUCAUCGUUAACUGACAUAGAGAAAGCCUUCUCAUGGAACUGCUAUUUCAUCAGGUGUGGGCAACACUUUAACUUUGUAUUGACUUGAUAGAAACAUUGUGGACCCAUGCUUUUUCCCGAUUAUCGUAUCAUCUUGCAAUCAGUUUGACUGUUCUUGUUACUAUCUUGUGGUUGUGAGAAAAGAUCCAAAUGUAGUGUUCCCUAAUAUAAGACUGCAGCUUUGCUACUAUCUAGAUUGUGAACUUCUUUGAUAGUUCUGAAAUUUCACUUUAAACAUCAAAUGUUUCUGAAGACAUGCAUAUCUUAGUUGAAUUUGUAAAAUUGUUUUCCUCUGAGUAUUAUAUUUUUUGUAAAAGGUAUUUGCAUAAGAGGGCUAGUUUUGUUAAAUUGAAAAGUUUCUUGGAUAUUUUGAAGUGUUAUAUUUAGAUUAUUAUUGUGCUCCGG